GAGAUUAAGGGAAAGACACCUUACCUUUCCCGCUCAAAAGUCAGCAAACCCUUUCCCUCUUUCCAUAACCUAAACAGGGGAAGAUUACUGUCUUCCAUAGACUCACCCCUCUUCUUCUCCCUCCACCACCGCCUUCAGACUCCAUAGGAGCCAAAAUCAUUCCUCUUCAUCUCACCGCCUUCAGCUAUUUCAGGAUUUUUCUCAAUAUGACGAGUGUGCGGAAGCAACUAAAUUAUCAUUUCAUUUUUCAUGCUGCAAACUCCCAAAGUCUUCUUGUUGAACGUCUGUCGUCCUAUUGCGUUUGUUCUCUCUCAUUUCAAAACUUGUCGAUGGCGCCGUCCAAGGUUGUUGCGGAGUAUGCGAAGUCAAAUCGUUCUAUGUGCAAGACAUGCUCUGAAGCCAUACAAUCUAAAACCCUAAGACUGGGAUUGGUCUCGAGGGACAUGGCGAGACGCUUGGACAUUACCAAAUGGCACCACCUCAGUUGCUUCCCUGUAUCCUCCUCUAACUCUGAUCCUAAGAGCAUUACCGGUUUUUCCUCCUUGAAGAGCGGUGACCAGGAAGCUCUCACGAAGUUAUUUGCUGGACAGGACAAGUCUGAAGAGGCUGGUGAAGCAACGGAAGACAUACAAAAUGAAAAGCAAGAUACUGAAGGAAGUGGUUCAAAGAAAAGAAAAUUAUCAACGUCUGAUGUUAAUAUCAACUUUUCGGUUUCUGAUGUCAAGAGUACAUACAAGGAUGCUGCCCUUUUGCCUAAAUGGAAGGCAUUCCAGACAGUCAUUUUUCUUGAACGGGAUGAUGGUUUGCAAGAUUCAAGUAAAAUCGCUGCAUUUGAUUUUGAUGGGUGUCUUGCGAAAACUGCUGUGAAUAUAACAGGUCCUAAUGCUUGGUCACUCAUGUAUCCCGUAAUUCCUGAUAAACUGCAAAGCUUAUACAACGAUGGCUACAAACUGGUAAUUUUCACCAAUGAAUCCAAUAUUGACCGUUGGAAGAAUCAAAGACAAAAAGCCGUGGACUCAAAAAUUGGACGUCUAAAUCAGUUUAUUGAGAAAGUGAAGGUCCCAAUUCAGGUUUUUAUAGCUUGUGGGACAGGUAAAUCAGCCAAGGCUGGAACAAAGGAAGCCGAUCCUUUUCGGAAACCAAAACCAGGAAUGUGGCAACUUAUGGAGAAACACUUCAACUCUGGCAUUACCAUUGAUAUGGAUCAAUCAUUUUAUGUCGGUGAUGCAGCUGGAAGAGAAACAGAUCAUAGUGAUGCUGAUAUUAGAUUUGCGGAGGCUAAUGGUUUGAAAUUUUAUCUCCCUGAAGAGUACUUUGACGCAUGAACUUCUAAUUUGGUCAUUGGUUCAUAGAAGGGGCUAGCAUUGUUUUCAAGUGACAUUUGCAGUUUUUGUCUAGAUUGUUUUGUUGAAAAAUUAUUCACAAUUCUACUUUUCUUUGCUGCCCUUCAAUUCCAAUAUUCUACGGAUGAAUUGCUUCAUCAACUAUAACAUAUGGUUUAAGUAUGCAUUUUAGCGCCA